AUGCCUAAAAACCCAGCCCAGUACCACGCGGAAUCGACCCUUCCAGUGCUCAAGGACUGGGUCCAUGGGCGCGAGCUGAAGUACCGUGGGGUCUGCCCGCUGCUUGAGGCGAAGGUGAAAGAGCAAAGCACCGCGGGAAAGCGGCCCCCGGAGACCUGCUUCUGGAGUACCCUGCUUGAAGAGCCGAUCAUGGGGAUUGAGGAGUUUGCAGAGACGCCAGCGAUCCUGCACGAAUUGCUCGAGUUCCGCGUUCGCGUCAUCACCCUCUCUGGGCGCCGUGUCCACGUCCCAAAGCUUUUCUACCAAGAAAAGCAGCACGCGGAAGAAGAUAGCGGCCACUCUUCGGAUCGCUGGUCGAGCGACCCUGGCGUCGAGGCGAACGACCUCGAGGACGGCGACUCUGGGUGCGACGGCGACGGCGUGCUCAACGGCUGGCAGUGGGAGGCGAGUGAGAAGUUUGACAUCGAGCGCAUUCUCGACAGCAAGGUGGAGACGGUCGGCAAGGGCAAGAAGCGGGUCGAGGUGACGUACUACUUGAUCCUCUGGAAGGGGUACCCGCCCGACGUGUCGACGUGGGAGCCAGAGUCACAGAUUCACGACGACUUGAUCGACGCGUACGAGGCGGAGCUCGAUGCGGCGUGGUGCGAGAGCCAUUUGCGUGCGUGA